AGCGCGUAGUUUGAAAACAACUGCUUUGUUAUUAUUGCAGAAAAUUGCUAGAUUUAUUAAGACGGAAAAAAAAUAAAGUCAAUCAUUUUGGGAAUUAUAGUUUGGAAAGACCCAACAAACAAUAACCUGUUGUUGUUCGUUGACUUCACAGUGACUAGAAAGGUUCUCUAGAAUUUCUGUUCAAAUAGUAUCGUACCCUCAUACGAUGUCGUGGGUAAUUAAUUACCGUGUUUGUUGAACACAGAUCUAUACAUGCAACUUCAAAGAUGGAAGUGAAAUCGUGUGUGAGGGAGUUUAUUGGAGCGGUCAGCCAGUACAACAACAAGAAGAGCAAUGGAAAUCUUCUGUAUCUGCAGAAACAGCUUGAGAUUUUGCACGGGCUUGUCAACCGUACAGCGUGUAGGCGAUUUUUCAACAGACGCCACAUGCUGGCCAUAGAGUGUAUAACGUGUUUGGUCGACAUUGUCGGGAACGUUCACAACAAAUGUGCACCCAAAUGUGUCGCAGUUCUCAACUGUAUAGCUCAAGAAGACGAUAUGAGGGAAAUGCUCCAUAGCACCUACAACAUCUGUCCGUCUGUGGCCGAUCUUCUCAUGUCUUACGAAGGAACUUCAGCAGACUCACUCUCUUCUGAGUGUCUUCGACUACUGCAGAAAAUAACAUACGGUUACCACAUCAGCAUCCAAGAACGGUUUAUGGAACAGUUGCUAAAAUACCUCAUCAAUGAAAUGAUUUUGUCUACCAAUUCUUUGACUGAGCCGUGUUUAGGUCUGCUGGCCAACCUAUGCAGAGACAACUACCCCGUCCAGAUGUUCAUGAGGAGCAGAGAUAACUCGAAGAGGUUGUACAAAGUUUUAAUUUCACAUUUCUGCGAUCAGAAUCUCACUAUGGCUGUGUACGCAUUUUCCAUAUUCGCCAGUGUAUGUCUUCCAGAAAAAAUUGCUGAUGAGGUGUUUGAUGCGGAGAACAUCAACCAGAGUCUUCAGAUGAUGUUUAACAUUUUGGUGAACAGUGACUCGGGCAUGACGCUUGUGUACGCUGUCGACCUGUUCCAGGAUCUUCUCAAACAUCACAAGUUCCAAGAGUCUUUACAGCGGUAUGCUCAUUUGCAGGAGUGUAUCACCUAUACCUUAAAGCUUAUAUCACGUGGUACUGCUGAAACUAUGGCUAAGCUGUUUGGUCUACUGCUGUCGUUCUGCUCUGUGACAGGUGUCUACUCUAUGAUGUGCAAGGCGAUGUUCAACAUACAGACGAGUGUCGGUGCCGGCUACUACCAGCAGAUGCUGGCGGGCCCCGUGACGCUGGUCAGUGAGCCACUGUUCGCCACAGUUCACUGGGCAAUGCAGAGUGUUGAGACGUCCAAACUGGCCUCACUCGCCGCUCUCGACCUGUUGACUGAAGUUUACGAGGAAGUGCUGUAUUCUGGCAAGAGGGACCAGUGGUGUCUGCACAUGGACCUGCUCCUGCCUGUGCUUGUGAACCUGCUGAAAAUCAGCGUAACUGGGGAAAUCAACAUCAGAAACAAGUGCCUCAAGAUCGUCAAGGCCGUCAGAUUUCUUACAGUGCUGUGUGCCGAGGAUGACCUGAAAGCUGCCGUCUCGGACCUGAUGGAUGUCAACAUCAUGACGAACCUUCUGGAAUACCAGUUUUCCCACAACCAGCUCUUACUGCUGAAGAAAACGGCCAGCUGCAAGGGGCAGAAUGACUGGAGUAUGGUUGGUGUUGAAGUUGUCUUGGUGUGUUUGGAGCUGAUGUCGAAGCUGAAGAAACACGUGUCAGGCAUGCAGAGCUUUUUUACAGACCUCAUUCAGGACAGCCGGCUCGUUCCAUUUCUGGCGGCAGGGGUCACAUCAGGAGACCGGUCUGUUGUGCAGCUCGCACUCAAGUUGGUCUGCUUCGGCUCCACCCUUGACGAGUUUCCAGACAUUGUCCUUGGUGAUGCAGUUGCAGCCAUGAAUGCUCAGAAAGGUGAAACACGGUGCAGUGAAGCGGAACAUCGUCAGGAUACGCCAGCUCCUUUCCAGCACUAUGACGUUCAGAGUUUACUCUCCAGCAAGGAGACUCUGUCAACAUCGGGUUCAAGGAAAGUCCAGGAACCCAACGAAUCGUCCAGUUUUGAUGCUUCCAUUCAAAUGAUAAUUGAGAAAAUGCAGUCAACUUUAGAGGUUAAAGAUAUGCGAGCUUCAGAAAUUAUUGCCAUAUAUGAGCACAGAAUCCAGUCUCUGCAGACGAAUGCAGAACACUUACAGAACCUGAUGGAGACAAAGGCGCUGGCUCUGACUCAGGCCGACCGACUGCUGCAGCAGAACCGAGCAAGGGAGGCGCACUUUGAGGCAGAGACACACACCCUAAAGAGUCUGCUGCACGAAGCUGAACGUAAGAAUGACGAUUACCUCGAACAGCUCAAUUCCAAGAAUCUCGCUUUUGAAAACCUCAGAAACGAUUUCGAUCUGCAAAAAAUGGAAGUAGAGAGACUGGAGGCCAAGGCAAGUGAGCUGGAAGUUCUCAAGAACGAGCACGCCACACUUCUAGAAAAGUUCCAGAUUCAAGAGCGGACAUUUUCCUCACUGAAACAGGAGCAUCGGACUCUACGCGAAAUGCAUGAAAUUCUGCAGAAACACCACGAGUGUCUGAAGCACCAGCACGACAUCACAACCGAACAGUUGUCCGUUUUGGAGGAUGAAAGCAAGCAGCUGGCCAGAAUUCUUAAAGACAAAGAGAACAAGCUUCAAGAGGUGACAAAGAGUCUUCUGGCGAUCGAAGAGAGACACAAGAAGACGCUGAGGGACAAGGACGAGACGGAGAAAGACAAAGAAGCCCUGGAGCUGGCAGUCAAUAAACUGCGCAGCGACAUCGGGCGGGCCGAGCAACUGCGCAGAGAGCUGCAGCAAAAGGUAUCGGCAUGUUGCAUAGUGGGCUUCUCUCACACAGUUGUUUGACAAUCACAUAAACGG